AGAAGAAGAAGAAGAAGAAGAAGAAGGAGAAGGAGAAGACGAAGAAGAAGAAAACAAGAAGAAAAAAAAGAAGAAGAAGUAGUAGUAGUUUGUCACAGUUUCGAGUGGCGACGUGGCCCUACACACUGUCCACCCCCUUCCUGUUGCUCGCCGUCUUUUCGGAUUGCUCUGGUGAUACCUGGCGGCACCGGGUUGUGUUUAAAUUACAAGCAUACGUAGAUUAACGGCUCGUCAUCUUUAAAAGGCGUUCGAAAACGGUGGAACUAAGUAAACGGGCCGACAUGGAGACGUAUGGAAACUCGCACAAGAAGCAGAAGCUGAGUAAUGCGCAGCAGAACUGGGGGAUGCAGCGUGCCACAAAUGUCACUUAUCAAGCGCACCACGUCAGCAGGAACAAGCGUGGGCAGGUGGUGGGCACGAGAGGUGGCUUCAGAGGAUGCACUGUGUGGCUCACUGGUCUGUCCGGCGCUGGGAAGACCACGGUGAGCAUGGCUCUGGAGGAGUAUCUGGUCUGCCACGGCAUCCCGUGCUACACGCUGGACGGGGACAACAUCCGACAGGGCCUGAACAAAAACCUGGGCUUCAGCCCAGAGGACCGCGAGGAGAACAUCCGGCGCAUUGCCGAGGUGGCACGGCUUUUUGCCGACGCCGGCCUGGUUUGCCUGGCCAGCUUCAUUUCCCCCUACGGCAGGGAUCGUCUUAAUGCCAGGAAGAUCCACGAAGCGGCUGGGCUACCUUUCUUCGAGGUGUUUGUGGACGCUCCGCUGGACGUGUGCGAGCAGAGAGACGUGAAGGGCCUCUACAAGAGAGCCAGAGCGGGCGAAAUACGAGGCUUCACCGGGAUCGACUCUGAGUACGAGAAACCCGAGGCGCCAGAGCUGGUGCUGAAGACUGACUCCUGCAGUGUAAAUGAGUGCAUCCAGCAGCUGGUUGACCUGCUUCAGGAGAGGGACAUUGUACCGGUGGAUGCUUCCUACGAGGUGAAAGAGUUGUACGUUCAAGAGAACAAACUGGACCUGGCCAAAGCUGACGCGGAGACGCUGCCUGCUUUUCAGAUUGGAAAGGUGGACAUGCAGUGGGUACAGGUGCUGGCCGAAGGCUGGGCCACACCACUCAACGGCUUCAUGAGGGAGCGAGAGUAUCUUCAGUGUCUCCACUUUGAUUGCCUGCUGGACGGCGGUGUGAUCAACCUGUCAGUGCCGGUGGUGUUGCCGGUGGCGUCAGAGGACAAAGAGCGCCUGGAUGGCGUGACGGCGAUGGCGUUGGUGUAUGAAGGCAGGCGAGUGGCCAUCCUUCGCAACCCCGAGUUCUACGAGCACCGCAAGGAGGAACGUUGUGCCCGCCAGUGGGGUACCACCUGUAAGAACCAUCCCUACAUCAAGAUGGUCAUGGAGAGCGGCGACUGGCUGGUUGGUGGCGACCUGCAGGUCUUUGACCGGAUCUACUGGAACGACGGACUGGACCAGUACCGACUGACACCCAUCGAGCUCAAACAGAAGUUUAAAGAAAUGAAUGCAGAUGCCGUGUUUGCUUUCCAGCUGCGCAACCCGGUUCACAACGGCCACGCCCUCCUGAUGCAGGACACCCACAAGCGCCUGACAGAGCGGGGCUACCGCCGGCCCGUGCUCCUGCUGCACCCGCUGGGCGGCUGGACCAAGGACGACGACGUGCCGCUGCAGUGGCGGAUGAGGCAGCACGCCGCUGUGCUGGACGAGGGCGUCCUGAAUCCGGACUCCACCAUCGUCGCCAUCUUCCCCUCACCCAUGAUGUACGCCGGGCCCACUGAGGUGCAGUGGCACUGCCGAGCUCGGAUGGUAGCCGGAGCCAACUUCUACAUUGUGGGCCGCGACCCUGCCGGCAUGCCCCACCCCGACACGGGGAAAGACCUGUACGAGCCCACCCACGGGGCCAAAGUCCUCACCAUGGCCCCGGGUCUCAUCACCCUGGAGAUUGUUCCCUUCAAGGUCGCUGCUUACAACAAAGUGAAAAAAGCCAUGGACUUCUACGAUUCGAACAACCAUCAAGACUAUGACUUCAUCUCGGGCACACGCAUGCGCAAGAUGGCCCGCGAAGGCGACAAUCCUCCGGACGGUUUCAUGGCGCCAAAGGCCUGGGCCGUGCUCAAAGAAUACUACAAGUCCCUGGAAAAGGCAUAGAAGGUGUUAAAAUAGGACAAAAGGGAACACCGCUUUCUUUAUAUUGUCAUUUUAACAGUCCGAUGUUGGGACCAUUCUGUCAUUGAUUGACACUGUGGGUUUUGGCCUCAUGUUGUAUGUACUGUAUUUGAUUUUAGGACAUAGUUUACUGAUGACCUGAUGCACAAGAGAUGGUUAAGGUUAGGAUUAGAUUAUCUAGGUCAAGAUCACUAUAAAGUGCCUUUGGUGACCUCAUCAGAAUCACUGUCAUCAUGAAAAUGUAGCAGAAUAAUGAAACUCUGAGGUCUUAUGAGUGGCAAAACAUUUGCACACAUACCAGUACAAUAAGGUGUUUCCUUCAUUUUAUACCUUUAUUUUUUUGCCAUGUCCCACACUGCUCUAACUUUUUGUGUGUAAGGUACAUUGUUAAAUGACACUGUUUUAUUGUCCUUGUUAUUUGAUAAAACAAGUAAUUUAUAUUCUAUUUUUAUGAUCAUAUUGAACAUUUCGCAUGUCUCUGAAAUUGCUGUCCACCCUGUCAUUAUGGUGUAACUGCCCCUUUAUGAAAUCCUCAAUUUUCAUUUACAUUACAACCAAUAUUUUGUCUUCAAUGGUGUCUGAAACAGUGGAUAGUUGCAGAGUAAGCGUUUACAUAUUUAUACUUAUGUUUUGUAAUUUUCAUGUUUUCAAGCUUAACAUGUCCACCCUGUCAAAGUGAAAUAUCAAUUGAUAUAAUAAGCUUUCAGAAAUUCUUAAACAGUACAGAGUAGGCUUGCUGACUGAACCAUAUGCUUAUGAAAUGCUAACAUUUAGCCAAAAAUGUCCACGCUUGUCAGCAAUCUUACAUAUUGUGCCCUUUGCGGUUAAUUUAUAUAUGCAGGUAUAUUUAAAAAAACAAAAAAAGUGUGGAAACUUUACCAAUAUUAAUUUCUAACAGUAUAUAACAUCUACUUAAUACAAUGCAAAUUGUAUUAAGUGUAUUCAGAAAUGAAAAAGUUCAAUGGAAAAUCGUCACUAUUUUUGGUAAAAUGGGGAAGUCUCCAAGGCACCUUAUAGUGAUAUUGAUGCACACAUGAGGUUAGGGUUGCGUUCAUCACGGGCCACAUCGCAGUUACAGCUGCUCUAAGAGGAACAAUCAUGACGGAAACCAUGUAAAUAUUGGGGGGGGGGGGGGGGGG